AUGUUUGAACUGAUGAAGAAGCGAACGGAGCAAGCCGAUGAACAGCGCCGAGUCUCGGAGGCAAAACGACUUCGAAAUCUGAAUAUCAGCUGCGAUGGACAGAGACUGCAACGAACGCCGUUACCAAAAAAUGUGACGCUUACCAUUGAGAUACCGAACGUCGAACAUGCAACAAUGAUUUCGCGCAUGGAAGCAUGGGCUGAUGGAGAUUCCAUACCGCAAAUUAUGAACGACACUGGCGUGCUGGUGCAGUUUCCAGAUCUGGUGCCAGAAAUCAAAAAUGCCCGCGAUUUUGUUAAUAAGGUGCAAAACAAGUACUGA